CACCCAUUAACUAUUUCGGGCAACACAAAUCCAGUGCAGGAAAUUUUGCAGUAAUUAAUACAUAAGUGAUUUGAGUGAAAUGCGUAUUGAAUAUUUCAUUAGCGGCUUAAGCGAGCGCUACUGAAACCACAGAAACCAAUCAAGGCAAUUGCCUCAAAUGAUGCAAUCAAUAAAAGGCUUUAAUUACUAUUCAUGGAGAUACCUUUAAGUAAUUACCUUGGCUUAAUCGCUCAAUGGCCAGACAGGAGCCAGGCUAUAAGUAGCUGAGAGUUGUGGACAGACUCUAUGUAGUCCACAUCGGUCGCAAUGGAGGCCAAGCAGAAAAGUCAGAAAAGUUGCGCGCUCUUGCAGCAUAGUUUUAAGAAAAGUUUGAAAAUGUUUCUGAAGGAAACCGGAUUGCAUGGGCUGAAAUUUGUGGGCGACUCGGAGCUGAACAUCUGGGAGAGAUCCUUUUUCCUGAUUGCCUUUGUGGCCGCACUCGCGAUGACCUGCCAGCUGAUAUCGAACAUCUAUGCCAAGUGGGAGAGCACGCCGGUCAUCAUCGGCAUCAGUCCGCAUGCCACGUCCAUACGGAAGGUGCCCUUUCCAGCUGUCACCGUCUGCAACAUGAAUCAGUUUCAGCGCAGCAAAGUGCUGCAAUACAAAGAGGGCUCGGCGGAGUACGAUGCCAUGAAGGUCCUUUGCAAUCCACGCUCGGAGCGUAUAUACCACAGCACUGAGAAGGCCAGCAGCGACUGGGACACGACUGUCAACAGCAGCAACACCCUGAAGAUCACCGACUUUGUCAAGAAUCAUUCCCAGCCCUGCCACCAAAUGCUACGAUACUGCCGAUUCAAUGGACAUGUAGCGCCCUGCGGCGAAAUAUUCCGUCUCAUCCUCACUGAUGAGGGCCUCUGCUGUGUCUUUAAUUUUCUGCCCGCUCACUUUAUAUACAAAUCGCACCAAGUUGAGUCAAUGAGCGAUAUUGAAGCAGUUGGAUAUCAGCCUGUGCCUUGGGAUCCCGAAACUGGGUAUCCCGCGAAGCUGCCCAAACACCACUAUCCAAUACCGGGCGCUGGCACAGGCAUUACCAUGGGCUUUACUCUGGUUCUGGAUGCGCAGGUGAGCGAAUAUUACUGCUCGUCAACGAAUGGACCUGGUUUUAAGGUGCUCUUCCAUAAUCCCAUUACGACGCCCAAUGUCAAGGAGGAGGGCCUUGUGCUGGGCAUUGGCUAUGAGACGAACUUCCGGCUCGCCGUCAGCAUGUCGGAGGCGGUGCCAGCGCUUCGCAGCAUUUCUCGUAAGGAUCGCCAGUGUGUGUUCAAUGGGGAGAAGGAGCUGCUCUACCACAGGGUCUACACGCACAAUUACUGUGAGCGGGAGUGCGUUGCGCAGUACCUGUACCAGGCCUGCGCCUGUAUUCCCCACAACUACCCGCUCAUCUAUAAGAACGCGAGUGUCUGCAGCGUCAAGGAUACUGAGUGCAUUCACCAGGCCAAUCAACCAGAGAAUCAGCAGGGCUCGGCCAGGUGCCAGAAGGAGUGUCUGCCCAGCUGCAUCGAUCUGACCUAUACGGCUGAUUCGCUAUAUUUUCCACUGGCCAAGCGCAAUUUCAAGCUAGCCAAUAGGGUCGUGUCGAGCAUGAACAAAAGCUAUCUACUGGAAAAUAUUGCCGUUAUGAAUUUAUACUAUCGCGAGUCGGCCUACUAUGGCAGCAUGAAGAAUGUCUACAUUGGCUUCACGGAGUUCUUGUCUAACAUUGGCGGUGUCAUGGGCCUCUUUAUGGGCUUCAGCGUUAUCUCCAUAGCUGAAAUGCUUUACUUCUUGGUGCUGAAACCCAUUUCGGAGCUCAUAGCGUGGAAAUACGGCAGCAAGAAGCUGCACAAAAUUGAACGAUCUCCCUCAAAACCCCAGCUAAAAGACGAUAAUCUAGUAUGGCAUACAAAGGAACUGUAUCCCAAGGGCAUGUCCUCAAACAAAAUGCAGCCACGCAGCAAAAAUGCAAAAAUACUUUUAGUCAAAAAUAGAAAUAAGUUCUAGAGGGCUCU